AUGCUCAGUGACUGCGCUCCCUCCGCUGGGUUGUGUGCGAUGUCUCCCGUGCUUUCCAAACUCGGAUCGGGGCCUCUGCCCCAGAAGUUGCUCGCGCGUUACUUGCUCCUGCUGCGCCUCUACCCGGUGCUCACUAAAGCGGUGUCCAGUGCCCUUCUGUCAGCUCUUGGGAGCCUCCUGUCUCAGAUCAUCGAGAAGAGCCGGAAAAAGAAAGGCCCUUCGAAAAGUUUUGACUUGGCUGAGCCUUUGAGAUUUGCCACCUACGGGUUCUUGUUUACAGGACCAUUGAGUCACUACUUCUACCUGUACUUGGACCAGCUGUUUCCGCCCGAUGUGCCUUUUUCCACGGUCAAGAGACUCUUGCUGGAUAGGGUCGUUGUUGCCCCAGCCUUCCUUUUGCUCUUUUUCUUUGUCAUGAACCUGCUGGAGGGGAAAGACACAUCAGCUUUCACGAAGAGGAUAAAUUCUGGUUAUUGGCCGGCGCUGAAAAUGAACUGGAAAAUGUGGACGCCGAUCCAGUUUAUUAACGUCAAAUAUGUUCCUGUGCAGUUCCGAGUGCUGUUUGGAAACCUGGUGGCCCUCUUCUGGUUCGCCUAUCUGGCCUCUGUCAAGAAGUGACUGUGUGGGAGUUGGGGCUCAGCAGUUCUCCCCGUGGAGAAACCCGACCUU